AUGGCCCUCUCCAAGGAUGAUCGUCGGAGAUCCUUGCCCGACGUCCAAGCAUUUGAUGCGGCGACAGCCAAUGUUGAUGACAUUGUGGCUGCUCUGAUUGUGGCGGGCGGUUGCGUGCUCAAGGGCGCUGUGGCACAGGACGACCUCGCCCAGAUCGAGAAAGAUACGCGUAUUUGUAUCCUUGGCGACAAGGCCUGGGGCGGAGACUUUUUCCCAAAGGAAACUAAGCGCGUCAUGGGCCUCAUUGGCAAGUCGCCCACCUUCACAAGGGCUAUUGUGCAGAGCCCCCUGGCCGUGGCCGCCGCCGAGAAGAUUCUCACGUCGACGUACAGCUGCUGGGUUGGGGAUGAGUGGAAGACAUUUGUGAGCAAGCCACAGCUGAACAACACCAUCAUCUUCAGCAUCGCUCCCGGGGCGCGUAACCAGGAACUUCAUCGCGACGAUAUGAUCCACCAUAACCCGGUUCGCCAACGUACCGCUGCCGACUAUAAGAUUGGCGACGACACGGGCGUCGGCUAUUUUGUCGCCGGGAAAAAGGCCACCAAGGAUAACGGCGUCACGCGCUUCAUUCCUGGUUCUCACCUCUGGGGCCAGACCACGCCACCAGACGAGAGCCUGACUUUCUACGCUGAGAUCGAGGCUGGCGACGCCUUCCUCUUCCUGUCUAGCUGCUACCAUGGCGGCAGUGCAAACAAGACGGCAGACCAGGAGCGAUUGAUGUAUAGUUGUUUUUACACAAAAGGUUUCCUUCGGCAGGAGGAGAAUCAGUAUCUGUCGGCGCCAUUUGAGGCCAUCAAGGGCAAGUACGAUCAGCCGACAUUGGAGCUUCUGGGCUAUAACUUGAGCCCUCCUUUCAUGGGAUGGGUGGAGAUGAAGCAUCCGUUGGAGUUUCUUACAGGGACAGAGUCUUUCAAAGAUCUAUACUAA